AUGGCCUUGAUGCAGGCGAGCACCAUGGCAGCUCCACCCAAAAAGAUGAUGGCGCCACUCGGACAUACACCGCCUCAGAGAGACGGACCUGACCGUGGUCCCCAGAGUCACAUGAUCCUGCCGUCUGGCAUGAGCUGUCCACCUCUGCUGAUCCGGAAGGAAGGUGAAUUCCAAGCUCCGCGCCUGCUGGACGAGAAGGACAUGAGGACCAAUGAGGACCUGCAGCAGAAAAAAAAGAACAGGAAAUCAGUGGCGCCCUGUAAAGUGAGAGAACAAGAGGGAAGGGGAGGGAAGGUCAGUGGAGAUGAGAACGGUCCAUCUUCCAAAGUACAGAAAAACUUUAUUUGUGACCACUGUUACGGAGCGUUUAGAAGUGGAUACCACCUGAAAAGACAUAUCCUCAUUCACACAGGGGAGAAGCCGUAUGCUUGUGCCGUAUGUGACAUGAGGUUUAUUCAGCGUUACCACCUGGAGAGACACAGCCUCAUUCACACGGGGGUGAAGCCGUAUGCUUGCUCCAUGUGUGACAUGAGGUUCUUCCAACGUUACCAUCUGGCAAGACACAGCCUCACUCAUACCGGGGUGAAGCCGUACGCUUGCUCCAUGUGUGACAUGAGGUUCUUCCAACGUUACCAUUUGGCAAGACACAGCCUCACUCAUACUGGGGAGAAGCCAUUUGCGUGUGACAUGUGUGACAUGAGGUUUAUUCAGCGAUACCACCUGGAGAGACACAAGCGCGUGCACAGCGGAGAGAAACCCUACCAGUGUGAGCGCUGCCAGCAGAAUUUCUCAAGGACAGACCGUCUGCUGCGGCACCGUCGGCUGUGCCAAGGCCGGGGUGUAGCGAAAGUGGAGAACCAACCGUGUUGUGAACCUCGCCAAUAUGCCCAAGAAGCCCCACCCGCACCCCCGACCUGGAGCCCCAUGCACCCCCCUCCGGGUCGACUGGCCGUCUGA